ACUUCUAUACGCCAAGGGUCCGCCCUGUCUUACAAGAUUCCAUUACGGGUGCUAAAAGCAUGGAUGUGGAUACGGCGAUGUACGCCUACAUCUCCGAGCCGGUGGAGUUUAGGCAGCUGGAGGGCGAAGCCAUCGAUUUUCGCAAGACGUUCGAUGUGCGAGGUCUCGGUACCGAUGAGAUGCUACAGUUGUAUCUGCGCAAGGCCCACCUAUCCGACCAGGUUGAGCAGAUGCCGGCAAUGCAGCGGCGCGCCUAUGUCUAUGACAUAGUUCGAAGCCAUAAAGGCCCCGGUUACUGGGUGCCGCCCUGCAUGCAGGUGAGCAGCAACGUCUUCGACCACCCUCCGCCAGCUGUUCUACCACCGCCCGCAAUCAGAGCAUCGCCAGGCAGCGAACGCCGCUUGUUUGGAGACGGUGUCAGCCUCAGCAUGAGCAAAUCAUCCUCGUCCAAUAGCUUGGGCAGCUUCACGGGCGCCUCAGGUGCCGUUCCAGGCCCCAGCUUUGCCACCAGCGUCGUGGUCAGCAACAAGGGCUCAAAGUAUGAGAUAAGCGGGCCUGUCGGCUUCCAGCAUGUCUCCGGAGAUGUUACUCGCGAUCGCACUCGAAAUGCCUUCGAUUUGAAUGCAGGCGCCAAUGACAACGUGCUGAAGAAGUACAUGAUGGAGCGCGGCAUUACCGAGGAGGAUGUGGCCGGCAUUCGGCGGCAGGACCUGAUUAAAAAUAUUGUGCACUCUAAUUUCACAUGGAUGCCUAACAAGCAGCAACAAACGCAAGAGCAGGAGAAAAAGAUGCCAAAGCUUCUCUAUGCCACAAUAUCCACAGAUAAUGAGAUUGCACCACGUCCAGCUCCACCGCCAGUGCCACCUGCACCAGCAACGGUUAGGCAGGCUCCUUCGCCCGCUACCUAUUCCAAUUAUGCGACACUUACGUCUCGAUUUAGGGACAUAUCUGAUAUAGACCUGGCUUCAGCGCAGCCCAGCCACAACAGGCAGCAGGAUGUGGGUACAGUUGUACCAGUUCAGUUGCAGUCACCGCAGCCGAUCAGACCCAAAAUACCGCCUCCGCCCUCGGCAGUGACUGCGGCCAAUACUCACGUCUAUCCAUCAGCUACAGAAGUCCGUUCCACACCAAAACUCAAGCCACAGAACGAAACGUAUGCCACGAUUGCGCCUCAAACGCAACGCAAGGUGGGCACAAUACGAGUGGCUCCCCCGGCGCCGCCAAAACCAACGAUUGUGCCUAGUGGGAACAGCACUCCAGUGGAGUUUUCACAGUCUAGGCAGCCGCCUCCAGCCCCUAUUAAGGCCACACCUGUGCAGCCCAGUUGGAACAGAGCCCCAGUGGACUACGCACCGGUUAAACAGCAAACUCCACCGCCUAUUAAGGAAGCUCCAGUGCAAGCCCGAUUGCCUCCUGUGCAGGUGCUCCAAAAGCCAAAAAAUUCAAUAAAAGCAAAUGCACCACCACCGCCACCGCCACCCCCUGCAUCAGGAGCACCACAACCCCCAGCAUCAGGAGCACCGCCACCACCACCUCCUCCACCAUCAUUUGGAGCGGGUGCCCCAAUGCCACCACCACCGCCGCCAGCGCCUGGAUCCGCCCAGCCGUUGCCCAUUAAAAAGGCGGCUGCAGCCCCGGCUGGUGAUCGCGAUGCUUUCUUAGAAAGUAUACGACAAGGCGUAUCACUAAAGAAAGUCAAUCAGAAAGCAGCGACAAUAAGUGGCGUUAAGCCGCGUGCUGAAAAGAAGCCAGCUACCACCGACUUCUUGAGUGAACUCAAAUUGGGAAUUACUCUGAGACGUGUGAAAAACCCUGCGGAUAAUCCUUAUUCAGCGGCGAAUACGGAAGAAUCGCAAGCGUAAAAACUACGCGCGUAACUUUUGAAAUUAAUGGGGCAACGCUUGACUCGGUGGGCAAGCUGACCGACCACCUCAGUGAAAUUAAUUCAGAUUUUUUAAAGUCUGGCCACACUAACAACGUAAUUUUAAAGUUACUAAUUUUAAAUAUUGUACAUUUUAACAAUUAGCAUUAUCUUUCUUAUGUCACUAUCUAUUUACGAAGCAUUAUCGAUAUUUUCGCUAAUUGCGCAGUGAUUUUAUAUUAAUUAAAACUUUUUUAAUACUUAAAGUUGCUUUUCGGACACCUAGAUAACCCUAUAGAAUUUGAAAUGUCUUCAUGACAAUUUACAUUUUGCAGUGAAUUUUUGUAAAUAAAAGUAUUUGUGGAGUAGAUAACAUAUCUUGCUGAUUACUUUUUAUCUUUUUAUAAAGCUGACGGCGCUUACGAGCACUGCACAUUAAAAGCGCGUGCAUCGGUGUGUGUGUAUGUAAGGCAUAAUCAGCUGGACAACUCAG